CUCCUCCAGCUGGGAGCGGAGCGGAGCCUCGGCAGUGCACGGCAGCAGGUGCCGGCAGACGCAGCCGAGCCGUCGCUCAGCCAGGGGAACCCAGGAGCGGGGAGCAGCUGUGUCAGAAACUUCCACUGCAUUGUCUGGGAAAUCUUGGUUGAUGGAGUGCCUGAAGUCCCCUGACCCAAAGAAAUGCACUAAUUAAAUACUGCAACGCUUCUGCUCUGACAUGGAAAAGCGAGUGUUGUGCAAGUGAAACAGCAGACUUCCCUAAAGACCUCUGCGGGCUGCAAAUACUCUGCCAGACUCAAAGCUUCCCUCUCCUUCACUCCGCUCCUGGUAGCCCCGACAAGGAUUCUUGCUCCAGCCGGUUGAACAGGAGCCACUUGACUUUUCUAGCAGGGAACGGCCACAGCUCGGGAGAUGCUCUGAGAGAGAAGUGGCUCUGCUCAUACAGGGAGAUAUAACCCUCUUAUUUGCUUUGCUCAUGGAGCCUUCUGUUAUCAUCCCUUUUUUCUGCUCAUUUGAAAAUGUAACUUUUGCAAAGGUGGGGAACAAGAGAGGUAAGUUAGAUGGUCCAUGCAGCCUCAGGACCCACUCUGUGAAAACAACCCACUUCUGAAUGAGAGCACAGCUCCUUAUCAGCACAGAGAAAAGGCUCCCUCCCAGGCACAGGAGCCUCAGUGACACCUGAAAGUAGCCUGUGAUCAGCAGGAGCAGACAUGGGAAACAGCUCUCUGUGGGAUGAUGAGAACAGUACCUGCAGCAAUGCGGGCAACAGCUGCUACCUGGACAGCAGCAUGAAGUUCAACUUCACCUUCCAAGAGCAGGCACCCGAUUUCUAUGUUGUCCUCCCUGUGAUUUACUCUGUGAUCUGUGCAGUUGGGCUCACAGGCAAUACCGCUGUCAUCUAUGUGAUCCUCAAGGCCCCCAAGAUGAAGACCGUGACAAACAUGUUCAUCUUGAACCUUGCUAUAGCUGAUGACUUGUUCACGCUUGUCUUGCCCAUUAAUAUUGCUGAACACCUCCUUCACUACUGGCCCUUUGGAGAAGUCCUCUGCAAGGUCAUCUUGUCCAUAGACCACUACAACAUCUUCUCCAGCAUUUAUUUCCUGACAGUGAUGAGCAUAGACAGGUAUCUGGUAGUACUGGCUACAGUCAGGUCCAAGAGAAUGCCACAUCGCACAUACCGAGCAGCCAGGAUUGUCAGUUUGUGCAUCUGGGUCCUAGUCACCAUCAUAGUUCUCCCUUUCACCAUCUUUGCCAAUGUCUACAUAGAUGACCUGGAGAUCAAGAGUUGUGGUCUAAAUUUCCCCAAGCCUGAAAGGUUUUGGUUCAAAGCCAGCAGGAUCUAUACCCUCAUCCUUGGCUUUGCCAUUCCAGUAUCCACCAUCUGCAUCCUCUAUUCCAUGAUGCUCUACAAGCUAAGGAACAUGCACUUGAACUCUAAUGCUAAAGCCCUGGACAAAGCCAAGAAGAAAGUCACUAUCAUGGUCUUCAUCGUCCUGGCUGUCUGCCUCUUCUGCUGGACCCCCUUCCACUUGGCCACCAUUGUGGCUUUGACCACUGACUUACCCCAGACCUCCAUGGUCAUCGGUAUAUCCUACUUCAUUACAAGUCUAAGCUAUGCCAAUUCAUGCCUGAAUCCUUUCUUGUAUGCUUUCCUCGACGACAGCUUUCGAAAAAGUUUCCGAAAGAUGCUGGAAUGCAGAACUUCGUAAAACAGACUGUUGGGGUUCACAGAUCCUUUCCCCCCAUAGCUUUGCAGGGGCAACUUUGUAAACUUUGGAAGGGAUGGCUAAGGAAUGCACAAGUGCUCUCCUUUCUCUUUGAUUUACAUGUAAUGUAUGUGCAUGUUUUAUUUUUAUUGUUAUCAUUCACAUGGUUUGUACUGCUUACUUGCAAAUCUUGUGUUUUCCUCCUCUGCAGCUCCCAGCUUCUCAAAGUUGCAUCCUUGUAUUCUUGUUUUUGUCACACCUUGAAGCAUUAAAGGCAGAACGCUACCUUUUCAGAGGUGCACUUCUACUACAUAACAGUCCUUUAUUGCCAUCUGCUGUACAGUACAGAAAAGCUGAGUUUCUUCCCAUAUAUUACUAUUGAAAAAGACCAGCAUUUGAAGAUUGAUGUAGUCUUCAGUUCGUAAUAGAUUUAUCUGGAGGAUUGUUUCACGGAGCAGAGUUAACUACCACUCAUCAUAAUGAGUUAAGAAAAUGGACAUAGAAAAUGGAAGAUAAAGGAAUAUUUGGAAGAAAAAACUAAGCAUUUUCAUGUCCGUGUAUGUGCACAAGUGUUUUGGUUGUGUUUUUGAUUUUGAGGGAUGUCUAGCUCCUCUCAGAUUCCUUCUUUCCUGAGCUGUUAACACAAAUUCAAAUUUAAACCAAAAGCAAAACCUGUAUCUCAAAAACAGUGUUGAACAACAGAUACUACAGCAACUGUGGGAAUCUUUUUUGCAUUAGUAACAAUUUUUAACAACAUCAUUUCUGUUAAAUGUCAAAAAUAUAUUUAAGUGUCUGAUGAAAUAAAGCUCAUGGAAAAA